UGGUCGUACCGCGGACAGCUACGCGAACUUAUCAGAAGCUUCCCAUUGCCCAACUCGGCUGUACCACAUCAACGCAUUGUACACAAACGUAGUAUGAGUGAGCCAUUGCUUGGGGCGUAUCAGACCUCCCACAGAGACCAUGGACUGAUCGCGGAACGAGUGGAAGGAAGACGUUCAGCAUCCAGCGCGCAUAUCACGCAAACAUCAUCAGCAAAUGGACGCGCCGUGGAAACUUCGCCAGCUCCUUUCUCGCCUGACACAAACAAUGAUGCUACGCGGCCUUCGCAUCAAUCUGAACGUAGGCACAGUACUACUUCUUCACCAAACAUGCCUUUCAGCAUAUCUGUGGGUCCGCCACGCAAAUCAGCUCUCACAACCCCGUUCGCCGCCACAAUGCCAAUGAGCUGUUCGAUUACCCGCAAUGCGCCGUUCAGCACGGCAUGGCCAAUAUCUCGAACAGGUAUCGGCGGGACUAUGGCAUCGACACCCAUGACCUCACCAGUUCUAGACAUCGCUUCAACGUGCUUGACCCCAGCUCGCACGUAUAGCCUCGCAGCUACGAGGCAGCAAGACCAGGCCACAAGUUCGCCCAGAACGCCCUCACACUCGCGCAACGUGAGCGGAAGUAGUGUCCGUACCGUGAUCCGUACCUAAAAAUCUAGCGAUGAGUAAGAGUAGAGAGCUAGGUAUGCGCAACGUCCGGAGGGUGGAAGGCAUUAGUAUAUCCAGAGCUAGUACAUGGAUAUUUGGUACGGGUGGUUAAGUAUGGUCUUGUUGUUGCCCCUCAGUCUAGAGUUCAUGGAGUCAUCAGCUUCAAACUAGGUACUGCUGAACAAUCAUGAUAAUUACGUUAAGAACGUGCAUCUUGUUGCCCGUCACGUAUUGUAUCGUGUAUUUCUUAUUUUCGGCGUGAUGGCUGCUUUACUCAUCGCGCUGAGUAGGGCC